AUGUCAUCUACUACCAUCGCCGCCUCCAUCUCCUCCACCACCGCGGUCUCCAAGAUCCCCGGCCGCUCCACUCUCCCCGAAGACGCAACUUCCAACCCGCACCAUCUUGUCAAACGCGGCGAGGUCGUAGGCUUCAAGAACCCCUACCCUUCUUGGUCCCACAGCGUCGGCUUCAGCACCAUCUUGCGAAGAGUCGUCUGGCCCACCAUUACUGGUGAGAUCAAGCAGCCCGACACUUCACCUCCUACCGUCCCUGUCGUCAAGCCCGAAUGGCUCCCCGAUCGUUAUGCCUCGGACAAGAUUCGAGCCACUUGGCUUGGUCAUGCCUGCUACUAUGUCGAAUAUCCCUCCGGCCUGCGCAUCCUCUUUGAUCCCGUCUUUGAGGACCGCUGCUCACCAUUCACUUUCAUGGGUCCCAAGCGCUACACCCCGCGCCCCUGCGAUAUCAAGGAUAUUCCCAUUGUCGAUGCUGUAGUCAUCAGCCACAGCCAUUACGACCAUCUGUCACAUUCUUCCAUCCUCGAAGUUCAGAAGCACCACCCCGAAGCCCAAUUCUUUGUUGGUCUGGGUCUAGAGACGUGGUUCCGCAAGUCCGGCCUUAACCACGUCACUGAGCUCGACUGGUGGGAAGACGCCGACCUAACCGUUACAGUCAAGGACGGUGACAAGCAGCGUGAUAUCACUGCUCGCAUCUCGUGCUUGCCCUGCCAGCACACGUCGGCCCGGACCCUUUGGGACAAAGAUACCACCCUGUGGUGCUCGUGGGCCGUUCGCUCUUCUGAAAAGUCCGUUUGGUUCGGUGGCGAUACAGGUUACCGAGGUGUUCCCUACCUGCCUCCGGGCACCGACGACUACAGUGCCGACUUGGACCACCUGCCUCGAUGCCCCCAAUUCAAGCAAAUUGGCGAUCUUCGCGGGCCUUUCGACCUUGGCCUGAUUCCCAUUGGCGCUUACUCUCCCCGUGCCGCCUUCUCUCCCAUGCACGCCAACCCCUUCGACUCGGUGGAGAUCUUCAAGGACACACAGUGCCAGCGCGCCAUGGGUAUCCACUGGGGUACCUGGGCCUUGACCGUGGAAGAGGUGCUAGAGCCCCCUAAGAUGCUUAAGGAGGCCCUGCGCCGCAAAGGCAUCGCCGAGGAGGGAGUCUUCGACGUGUGCAAGAUUGGUGAGAGUCGAGAGUUUUAA